UAUGCGGGCCUGAAGAAUGCUCUGAAAGUCUGCGCUGCCUACCGAGGCACCUACCUAGACAUGAAAGACAAAGCUGACGACAUCAACGCAGAGAAAGUGUCGGAAACAGCAGAAGCAAUGACCCUGAAUCCUCCCAAGGGCGUCCUCUACAGCAGCAAGCUGUACAACACCAGCCAGCGCCGCCGUGUGCGGUCCUCCCACGGCAUCUGGCGGGACACCAGCUCCUCGGAUGUGGGUGUCAUUCAGGAGGAUGAGUGGACCGACUCGCAGUGGCCGCCGCGCAACGCACCGUGCUUCAACCUCAUGAAUGGCUUCAUGGAAAGAUGCAACGACCUCCUGGAGCUGGUCCAGACCACCAGGCACUUCAACCUGCUCCAGAUGGCGGCGGAGGUGGGCGGGGCCGGCACCAAGAGCCUGGACGCCCUGGUUCGGGAGAUCCACGAGGAGUUCUCCGGCGCCAUGGAGCGGUUCGGGGACGACGUGAUGGACAUCCUGGACAUCACUGAGAGCCAGGCGUUUGAGAAGGCCUUCUUCAACUUCAGGUCCAUCGUCAAGGACCUGGAGAGAAGACUAGCCACCGUGCUGCGCCAGAGCUUCCAGCAGUGCCCCACCAUCGGGGCCCAGCUCCGCCUCCUGGAGGUCUUCGAGGGGGUGAGCGGCCGGGAGAUGGUGCAGGAGUACCUGCGGGACAAGGACCAGCAGCUGGUGGCUGCCUUCAGCCGGGAGCUGAUUGCUGUCCGCUCCAUGUUUCUGGCCCGCCGCAAUGACCCACCAGGCCACGCCAACUUGCCGCCGGUUGUCAGCCGGCUGACCUGGGUGGGGGCACUCAAGAAGCGGAUCCAGCAACCCAUGGAGAAGCUAAAGCGCAUCAGCCCCCACUCCCUGGAGGGCGACGCCGGCUGGCACCUGCGAGACAUCUUCGCCGACACCAUGAAAGACUUUGAAGCCUACCAGCAGACCACCAUCAGCAAGUGGCAGGACCAGCUGCAUACGGAGCUCAGGGACCGGCUAAAGCAACCACUCCUGGUUGCCGAUGAUUAUGACCAGGAGGUGGACUACCGCCCCCAGGUCAUCCACGUCAACCUGGACCCCGCGCUCCUGCUCCUGCUGCGGGAGGUGCACUACCUGCAGCAGCCGCCGUUCGCCGUCAAGCUGCAGGACAGCGUGCGGGACCUGCUGCGCCACACGGACGCCGCCGCCCUGCGCACCACGGCCGCCCGGCUGGAGACCAUCGUGUCCAAGUACAACGCGGCCAUGCGCUCGCUGGUGGACUUUGAGCAGCCGCUGUUUGAGAGGAAACUGGGCAAGAUCGACCACCUCUUGGAGCAAGGUCUAAGCCACUACACCUGGAAGACCACGGAGAGCGCUGACUUCAUCGAGCUGGCCUCGGCCCUGGUCGGGGCCGACCUGCACCGCACCCUGGCCAUCGUCCAGAGCAACUGCCAGGAGAUGGUGGACAUCGCCCAGUCCUGGUCCAGCGGCACCCUGGAUGUCUUUGCCUGCCGGGACCCAGACGCCAGCUACCACAUGGUCCGCCUGCUGGCCUGGCAGAGCGAACUUAAUGAGGAUCACGAGAGACUGGUCAAACCGUCGGGACAGCGAAUUCACCACCUGCUAGGAAAUUCAUUUGAGGCCGUCCAGAUCAGCAGGGCUUCGCCCGCCUGGGAGGACUAUGUGGACCACAUUGACGCCUUGGUGCUGGACGGUCUCAAACAGUCCACCCUGAAGAGCCUCAGGUCCAUGCUAAACACCCUGGUCCACUCUAAUGUCGCAGAGGCUCAGGGGACCGUGGUGCCCGUCCUGACCAUCCGUAUGGAGCUGAUUGAAAACGUCGUGUCCUUCACCCCUCCGCUGGACCAGGGCACAGCGGUCACCAGCGUCCUGGAGAAUGUCCACCGGUGGCUGGAGGAAUUCAAGAACCGCGGCUCCCUGGUCAAGAUGCUCAACCAUGAUGCGGAGGGAGGCUACCAGCGGUACAUCAGCUUGGACGAGGAGGUACAGCAGCUGUGCGAGCAGAUUGUUCAGCUGGUCAAAGAGAACGGCGACGAGUGCAUGAAAUUACUGGAGCUGUUCAAGAAUUACACCUUCCUGUGGAUGCACAACAUCAACGAGACGUUUGACGAGUUCCUGCAGGGCCGUCUGAGCUCCAACCCCAUGAGGGACCUGGAGAAGCUGGGUCCCUCGGCCGGGAUGCGAUCUGCAGCCUCGGAGCGCUCGCUGCGCUCUGCCCAGAGCGGACGCGCCAGUUCAGCGUCCCAGUACAGCAUCGGGGCCAAGGGGGCCAUGGGCACGGCUGAGAAGUUCUUCCUGACGCCCAAGGACACCAGCGAGUAUGACAACGUGCCGCCACUGGACAUGUUUGAUGCCGAAAUCGACGUGUACAGGACUGCCAGGGAUGAGAUUGCAAGCAUCUUUGACUACAGAGAUGUGGGAUGGAUACGAGUGGAUCUACAGCCAAUCAAACAAGUCCUGACGACCUACGCCAGUCGCUGGAUGUGGACUUUCACUAAAUACCUCACCGAUCAGGUGACUGAGCUACUAACGGAUCUGGACUCCUUCCUCAAGCGCAUCGAGCCGGAGAUCGAGAGCAUCUCGGGCGAGGAGCGGGACACGGCCUCCUUCAUGCGGAUGAUGCGCAUCUUCAACGAGGUGUCAGCCAAGCAGCAGGAGAUGGACGGCCAGUUCACGGCCAUGAACCGCACCGUGCUGCUACUCAAGAAGUACGCACAGGCCCUGCCCGACCGCACCAGGGCACUGUACGACGCCGCCCCUGGGCGCUGGAACAACCUGAAGACCAAAGUGUCACUUGCGAAGCAGAGACUGGGGCCUCGGAUACAGGAGGAGUCGGCCAGCAUCACAAAGGACCUUGCCUCUUUUGGCGAGCGAGUGGAGACCCUCCAGAGGGCGCUCUCCUCCUCAGAGAUCUACACCUAUGACUGCCAGAUCCAGGCUGCUUUCAAGGAGAUCGCCAGGUUCAUGCAGCUGCUGGAAAAACUGGACAACGAAGCUCAGGACCUUAUUGAGCUGCAAGAGCUGCUUGAGACGGCGGUGGUCAACUUCACUGUCCUGCCUGAAUGCCGACAUGAGCUGCGCAACCUGAAGCUGGUCUGGGACACGGUGGAGACCAUCCAGGGCCAGCAGGAGGAGUGGAAGCAGGAGUCCUGGCAGAAGAUGAACACCAAGUACCUGAGGGAGGUGACCAACGACCAGCUGGAGAGGGUCAGGGGAUUGCCCGAGGAGGCCCACUACUGGGACGUCUACCUGGGGCUGGAGGACAGCAUCUUGGUCAUACAGGCUUGCUUGCCGCUCAUCGAAGACCUGAGCAACCCGGCCAUGCGGACCAGGCACUGGAAGCAGCUGGUGCGCGUGACCGGGGGCGCCCUGCUGAUCGACAACGAGAACCUGAAGAGGAUGACCUUGGGUCAGCUCCUGCAGCUGGGCCUUCAGAACCAUGUUGAUGAGGUCCGGGCCAUCGUUCAGCGUGCCGUGAAAGACGUCACCAUCGAGAGUGCCCUGAAGACAUACGAGGAGAUCUGGCUGAGUAAGAUCUUUGAGCUGAGACCCCACGUCAGGGUCAUCAGCGGAGCGGGCAGCGACAAACCUGACAAAGAGGAGACGGACACUAAGAGCGAGUACUCCCAGAGCGACGCUGGCACCGUCAAGGGACUGAUGCCGUCCGGCGGCCGCCGAGCUCAGAGUCGGAUGUCCUCCUUCACCAUCGGUACGGGAGGCCGGACCAAAAGGGCUAGCGUCUCCUCUCUCCCGGCAUCCCUGCUCAACCUGGGAGAGGAUUCAGGAGCCAUCUUCCUCCUGCACGAGACCGACCCCAUCUUCACGGAGCUGGAGUCCCACCAGGUGGCCCUGCAGAGCAUGCAGGGCAGCAGCGCGGCAGGAUCCUUCCUGGACGAGGUCACCAAGUGGCAGAAGAGACUGCAGACCAUCGAGGCCGUGCUGUCCACCUGGCUGGAGGUGCAGGAGAAGUGGGUGGAGCUGGAGGAGAUCUUCAGUGGGACGGAUGUCAAGGCAUCCCUGAGCCAUGAGGCAGGACUCUUCAGCUCAGCUAACAGGGACUUCCGUCUCCUGAUGAGAGCUACGGAGAAGAACCCCAACGUCCUGCAAUGCUGCCAGAGAAGAGGCAUCCUGAACAUCCUGGAGAAGAUGAACAAUAACCUUGAGUUGUGCCGGCGGUCACUGAUCCAGUACCUGGAGAAGAGGCGGCAACGGUUCCCCCGCUUCUACUUCCUGUCCAUGGAGGACGUGCUGCAUAUCGUCUGCAAUGGCUAUGACUUGAACCAGGUCAACCUGUACCUGCCCAAGCUGUUGCAGAACCUGGGCCGCCUGGAGUACGAGGAGAAUCAGUCGGAGGCGGCCGAGUGCAGCUUCAACAUCACGGGUCUCAUCAGCAACAUGGGAGAGAAGAUGCCACUCAAACAGAUCGUCUCCUGCGAUGGCCCCAUCGAAAGCUGGCUGGGUAACCUCCUGCCCAUGGUCAAGCUGACCCUGCAGACCCAGCUGUCCUCGGCCCUGGGGAAUGACUCCCUGGAGCCUCCCGGCACGCCCCGCAGGACAGAGAGGGAGAUACACAGCGCGGGGGCCAGGCGGGUCACCGUCGGCAAAGAUGAGAGGAAAGGCACGGCGCGUAGCCGAGCAGGCAGUCGCACCGGUAGCCGCACCCAGCGGCCAGGCACCAGGGACUCGCAGGACAGCCGGGGCGGCCAGGGUGGGUAUGACGGCCGACACGGUCUAUCUUCCUGGAUGCUGGACCACGUGACCGAGGUGGUGCACCUGGCCACGCAGAUACAGAUCACCGAGCAGACGGAGAAGUGCCUGAAGCUAAUGGAAUCCGGAGACAAGAAUGCCAUGAGGGAAACCCUGGAGAAGGUGAAGGCCAGCAUCCAGGCAGCCGUGGUGAUGCUGAAAGGGGUUGAGGAUGAGAACGAGAGGCGGACGCGUCUGGAGAAAGAGAAGAGGAAGAAGGAAGCGGCUGCCAUGAGAGAGUCAGAGCAGACCAGCGUCAUGGACACGGGCACCGUGGUGUCCCACACGGGUCGUCAGAGCUCCCAGUCACACAAGGGAUCCCACUGGAGCCUUAACAACGAGAACGCCGCCCCCCUCAACCAGCCCACGACCAUCACUGAGGAGGGCAGCAGCCUGUCAGGACAGCAGGCGGAGAAUGGCGACAACCUGGAACCAGACAAGCCCCUGGACACCAUGAAGGUCGUGCUCCCGCCAGAGAGGCCAAAGGUCAAGGUCAAAGUUGAGGAGAAGAUUGACAAGAGCGAACUGCAGCUGAUGCUGUUCCCAGGGCAGAUCCAGAAGAUCAGCAACCUGAUCACACUGCUGGCACACCAGAGGGACCUCCUGCAAAGACUGAUUGAUAAGCAGGACGAGAUGAAAGGAUCUCUGCUGGAAUCCUUCGAUUGGCGAUCUCGUCUGCGCUACAUCUGGAAUGAAACCAGCAACAACCUGUCUGUCAAGCUGCUAGACACCUCCUUCGAGUACGGCUUUGAGUACAUGGGCUCAGCCGGCCGUCUCGUCUUGACCCCAGACACCGAGCAGGUAUUCCUCAGCCUGGCUCAAGCCGUCAAGGCCCACAUGGCGGGACUGUGCGUCGGACCCUCGUGGAACAGACGUCUGGAGCUUGUCCAGGAGAUGGCAAGAAGUCUAGGUCACCCUCUGUAUCUCUUCAACUGCUCUCACACCACCGACUCGCAGAUGUUAGCAGACAUCUUUAGAGGACUGGCAUCGACCGGUGCCUGGGUCUGCUUCAACAACCUAGCCCACAUCACAGCCCCGGUCCUCAGCACCUUCGGCCAGCUGCUCCAGAGCUACCUGGACGCCCUGAGGCAGGGCAAGUCGGCCACCCUCUCUCCUCCCUGGCAGACGGAGGAGGUGGCCCUCAACGCAGGCGGGGCCUGUCUGGCCACGCUGGACUCUGCCGUCUCCCUGCCCGUGGCAUCCCGGGCGUCGGUGGAGGGAAGGGUCCUGCUGAAUGCAGCCACUGCCCUGCUGCCCGGCGAGCUGGGCAGGCUGUUCCGGACGGUGUCGGCGGUCAGUGUGGACUUCCGUGUAGCGCUGGAAUCCAUGCUGCUUAGUCAAGGAUUCACCAAAGCCGUGGAGCUGUCCCACAAGUUGACGGCGCUGAGGGAAAUGUACACCCAGAUGAUUCCCAACUCGUCCCCGGCCUCGCAGGACGUCACUCUCGGGAGAGACCUGUGUGAGGAUUCCCACGGCUGGAGCAUUCAGGGCACUCGCUGCAUUGUCACGGAGGCAGGAGCCAUCUUGGACCAGCUGCUCGUGCUUCAGCUGGCCGAGGACCAUGAAGCAGCUUUAAAUGCGGAAUCUCUAGAGAACAUUGCGGAAGUGGAAAGCGACAAGCCGGAAAAAGGUGCCAACGAGCUUCCCGAGAGCCUGACCAAGUACGAGGCGGAGGCCGUGGUGACGGCCCUGCGCAACAACUUCCUACCGCGCCUUCACGGCAGCGAUGCCGAGAUGUUCAGCAGCAUGGUGGAGGACGUGUUCCCGGACGUCCGAGUUCCCAUGGGCUUCGCCGGGCAGGACGAAGUCUCCAAGACAAAUGGUGAAGUGAGCCUGAACACGCCCGUGGUCAGCACCCACCCGGCCUCCACCACCGCCCAGCUGGUCAGCCCCGCCGGCGGCCAGGACAAGCAGCCGCUGGACGACAUCCACUCGGCCAUCGCCGUGGCAACCAGCGAGCUGGGACUGUUGCCGGGGACAGCCUUCCAGGCCCGGGUAGCGCAGUUGGCACAACUGACCGACAGCCACCAGACCGUCAUCGUGGUUGGUCCCGCAGGAUGUGGCAAGAGCGAGUGCAUUAAGACGUUGGUUGGAGCCCAGCGGGAGAUGGGUAACGUCGUCAGCGCCCAGCGGAUCUUCACCCAGGCUGUGGAAUCGCAAGAGCUCUUGGGCUACUCCGACCCCAAGACUAAGGAGUGGAGAGACGGUCUGUUCAUCUCCCUGCUGCGCAAGCUGUGUCUGGUCCACAACACCGACUUCACCCACAGUCGGCCCGUCAUGAAGACGCUGCACCUGGACGGCCCCAUCGACCCCCGCCAGAUGGAGAUUUUCGGUUCCGUCUUGCACGGCGACGGCGCACUGGUGCUGGCCAACAAUGAGCGCGUCCGCCUGCCGGACAACCUUCGCAUCUUUUGGGAGAUGGAGUCCGCAGCUAAUCUGAGUCCCGCCGUGCUGUCUGAGGCAGGCUUGCUGUCCAUGGACACCUCGGACGUCUCCUGGCGGCUGGUGCUGGCCAGCUGGCUGGACCGCUGUGCCGACAGGGACCAGCCCAUCCUGCGUUCCCUGACCCACCGCUACGUGGGGCCCACCCUGGACCACCUGGACCGCUGCACCAAGCCUGAGAUGAUGGUGGCGGGCGGGACAAGGGAGAGAGGGGAGGGGCGCGUGGUCGGGGCCGGGAGGAACAAGGGGAGGAUGAAGAGGAUGGUGGACGUGUCGGAGAUGAGCAUGGUCAUGACUUUCUGCAGCCUCCUGGAGGCCUUAAUCUCCCAAAGUACAGAGCUUGAGCCGAUCCACUACGAGCGCUAUGUCAACUUUGCCUGCGUCUGGGCCUUCGCCGGUACCCUGGAGGAGCGUGACCGGUCGGCCUUCAGCGCCUGGUGGCUCAACCAGUGGGGAGAGUACAUUGAUUACCCAGACGGGGCGGAUGUGUUUGAUUACUUUGUGGAUGGUGAUACCCAGCAGUUUGUGCACUGGAGCGAGGCUGUGCCACCUUACAGCAUGCCGCCUCAUGAGGGCAUCCCGCCCGACGCAUUCGUGCACACCAUCAGUGUAGAGCAAAUCUCCUACUUGCUGAGCCUCUUGUCCGAUGCUGGCAGACCAGUGCUGCUCACUGGGGAAGGAGGUUGUGGCAAGACCGCCAUUGUCAAUGACAGGAUUCGAACCGUCUGCUCCGGUGAGGUAGCAGAGGUGCUGUCCCUCUCAAUCACAACCAACAGGUUCACCACGAGCCGCGUGCUGUGGCAGAGACUGGAGGAGCGGCUGGAGUGGAAACACGGCCGGACCUACGUGCCCAAAGGGAGCAAGAAGUUGAUGUGUCACGUGGACGAUCUCAACCUGGCCCGCGUGGAUGAAUACGGCCGGCAGUCAGCCUGUGAGAUGGUCCGCCAGCACCUGGACUCCGGCGGCAUGUAUGAGCCCGACACCCACAGGCUGCGGGAGGUCAAGAACGUGACCUACGUCACCACGAUCAACCCCAACUCUCCGGCCAGCGUGCCCCGGCCCAGCCAGCGCCUCCUCAGACACUUCUCCGUCUUCAGCGUGCCUUACCCCAAGUCCAGUGAAGUUCACAGCAUCUUCACCACCCUACUGAAUACCCACUUCCUUACCCCAGCCACCACCUCCUCAACGUCAGCCAGAGACAAACGUCAUCACAUCAUCGACAAAGAAGAGGAGCAGUUGCGCGCCCUGAUGUCCAUGGUGGUCAACGUCACCAUCGAGGUCCAGGACCGGAUGCGGGCCAUGUACCUGCCCACGGCCGAGCGCUGUCAUUACGUCUUCACCCUGAGAGACAUGCGGAAGAUAUUCAGGAACAUCUGUCUGUCACUCCGGCCAAAUGCGACUCGAGAGAACCUGCUUUUGUUGUGGCGGCACGAGUGCGAGUUCAUCUACGGUCAGCGGCUGGUCAGUCCCGUGGACUUUGACCGCUACCAGCAGGCGUUUGUGACCGCGGCCAGGAAGGAGUUCUCCAGUGAAGAGUUGCUGCAGCUGGUCAUCAACCCCUCCCAGCCCCUCUUCAGCAACCUGGUCCAGCAGGACUCGGGCAUCGUGACGGCCGGCGGCUACCGCUCGGCCACCUCCACGGCCAGCAGCAGCAUCGGGGAGGAGGACCCCACUGACCAGUACCGGCCCUGCGAGGACGUGGAGGGUGUGAGGACGCUGCUGCGGGACGCUGUGGAGGAGUACAACAAGUCGCACGCCAAGAUCAAGCUGGCCCUCUACAGGGAAACCAUCCAACGCGUCUGCCGCCUGGCCCGCACCAUCAUGUCCCCCCACGACGUGGGGCACGCCACCCUGGUGGCCGAGGGCAACCCGGGCCUCAGCAACCUCUUCGCCCGGCUGGCCGCCCACCUGUGCGGCUUCAGCGUCUUCGAGGUCAACCCCUCUCCCAUGUCGGCCUCCACAGAAUACAAGCUGGACCAGUUCAAGGCCGACCUGGUGGCGGCCUACACCAAGGCAGGAGUCAAGGGAGAAAAGAUCCUUCUCCUUUUGACCGAUGAGGAGUUACUGAACGAGGAUUUCCUGGUCUACGUCGGCGAGUUUGUGGUGACAGGUGCUAUCACCCACCUCUUCACCGCUGAGGAGCAGACCUCCAUCAUCAACUCCAUCCGCACCGAGGUGACGGCAGCCGGCCUGACCUACACCAGGGAGACGGCCUGGGAGUUCUUCCUCAAGGCUGUCAGUGGCAAUUUCCGAGUGGUCCUGGUGUCUUCCUCGAGCGGGGCGGCCUUCCAAGACCGCUGCAGACAGUACCCAGCACUGACCGCGCAUCUGAGCUGCUGCUGGUAUCAACACUGGUCCAGGGAGAGGGUAAUUAUCCACUGUAAUUACCGUCUGUCCCUUACAGGCGUUGAGACCCUUAACCACAUCCAGAAGGAGAACCUGGCCCACCUGUUGGCCACCAUGCACCUGGCCAUCCGCCAGCUGGACGGAGAAGAGAAAGGAGCCGGACAGUACAACCACCUGACCAAUACCACCUACGAGAAGUUUGUGGAGAGGUUCCUGUCCAUGUACCACCAGCGGCAGCAGAAGAUCCAGGAGGAGCACACCAUGGUGACGGGGGCCCUGGAGCACAUCAACAAGGAGAACCAGCUGGCCAGCAAGCUGCAGAAGCAACUGGAACACGAGCUGGUGGUGUUGGAGGAGAGGAAAGAGGGCACAGUCAAGCUGCUAUCUCAAAUCGGCCAGGACAAGGCCAUCGCCGAGCAACAGAUCAAGAUUGUGCACAAACAAAUGGAGAAGAUACAGAAACUGAAGAAGGCUUUGCCGCAGUACACGUUGGCCCACGCCAGGGCUGUCUACAAGACAGUUGCCGUGGUUCAAGACACCAAGAAGAUUGUGCAAGAGCUGGACAUCAACUCCCUAGGGGAGCUGAGAGGAAUGCAGAAACCGGACGUGGACAUUGAGGACCUGAUGGCCUCCAUCAUCAUGAUACUGAAGAGUCCGUCGUCAGACUUGACCUGGAGUAAAGGUGCCAAACGACAGAUGGCCAACAUCGAAAGGUUUCUUGAGGAGUUGAUGCAGUUUGAUGACAGCGAGUUGCCAGAGAGCACCCUCAACCUGGUGGAGCCCUACCUCAAGAAGGCCUCCUUCCAGCCCCAGAAUAUGCAGCGCAAGACCAACAACCUGGCUGCCGCCUCGCUUUGCAAGUGGGUCCGGGGCGUGGUCAGGUAUCACCGACUGAUGAUCUCCAAGGUGAAGCCGCUGCACACCAAGGUGGAGGAGACAACGGCGGCCGUGGAGGAAGCCGAACACAGACUGGCAACACUGGAGAACAAAAAGAAGGCCCUGGAGAUGCGACUGUUGGACCUGGCCCAGAGCUUUGAGGAAGCCACGGUGGACAAGAACAACCAGGAGGACCUGUCCAAGAAGAUGGGCCAACAGCUGGAGACGGCCAACAAAUUCAGAGAGAUCCUGGGAAUGGAACACAAGCACUGCGUACAGAUCUGUCGCUCCUUGCCCCAGCGGCUGUUUGCCAUCCCCGGCGCCGUCGCCAUGGCCGCUGCCUUCGCCUCCUACCUGGGCGCCUACGACCCCAAGUUCCGUCGGGUCAUGCUGACCAUCCAGUGGCCCAUGUGCCUGCAGGAGAGGGGCGUGCCCCUGCUGAUUGACGCCGUUGACCCCAUGAAAGGUUGGAUAGUGGAAUGGGCCAUCCACACCAACCGUACCCGCUCCAACACAGUGACCAGCUCGGCCCACAGCAACGAGGAGGAGGUCGGCAACACCCCGAGGGAUGCCGUGGGAGACCAGCCAUCACAACAACAGCAGCAAGAAGAGGAACAAGAAACAGCCCAGCAGGAGGCGCAGGAGAUGGGCGGAGAGGAUGACAGGGGAGGGGAAGAAGAGAAGGAAGCAGACGAGAAACAAGCAGUGGGCGGUGCCAACGAGACCAUCAUGGAGGAGGCAGAGACCGGAACCGAGAUGGAUAAUCAAGAGGCUGUCAAUGAAGACAGAGAAGGCCUCGUUCAAGACAUGCCCAGGAAUGAACCGCCAGCCGACGACACUGGUGCCUAUUCCCCGGACCUGCACACAGCCACGGAGAGCCAGUACAACUACACGGUGGACAACUUCCCCCAGAUCAGCAGCAGCGACUUUGGCCGCUACGUCCAGGCCCUGGUCAAGCUGCUGGUGGGCGAGCGGACCUUGCAAGAAUGGAUGACCAGAGGCCUGUGCCUACAGCAGAUGGAGAACCUGGCCAUUCAGAAAUCGUCAUGGCAACGACCCCCGUUCCUGAUUGACCCCCAUAUGGCUGGCGUGCGCUGGCUGCGCCGCAUGAUUCAUCGGAGCAAACUGACCAACAUCGACAUGCACACAAGGUUUGACCCGUCCAUCGUGGUCCAGGUGGAGAAGGCCAUCCUGUCUGGCCUGCCCUUGCUGCUGGUCAACUGUGACGAGCGACUGGACAGUAUGGUCAUGCCGCUCAUCCACCACGCCAACCACGGCAACGAGCAUAGCACAGCCGAAGACGCCCGCCUCAUCAAGUACUGCGGGCGGCGGCUGCUGGCCCACCAGGACUUCCGCGUCUCCAUGACCACUUCCCUGCCCCGCCCCACCCUCUCGCCGGCCGUGGCUUCGGCCACCACCCUGGUCAACUACAGCCCCUCCCCCGAGGGGCUGCGGGAGGAGCUGCUGGGGCGGGCGUUUGGCCGGGUGGCGCCCCAGCUGCAGGCUGAGCGACGCCGGGUGCUGAGGGCCAUUCAGCAGCACCGGGCCACGCUGCAGGUGCUUGAGGAGCAGUUGUUGCAGACGCUGGAGGGAGAGGUGGGGUCAGGGGACAUCACCGCCCACACGGAGUACGUCUCUGCCAUAGUCGACAACAAAGAACAGGUGUACGCCAAGCUGUUGGAAGCAGAGCGCAUCCUGGAUACACUAGAGAACAUCCGCGAGGAGCUGUUGCCCGUAGCCAAGCGCGGCGCCAUGCUGUUCAGCGUUGUGUCCAGCCUGGUCGGCCUCCAGCGGGAGUACCAGUUCUCCUUGCCGUUCUUCCUGUGGAUGUUUGACCAGGCCGUCGGGGAGGACCAGGCAGAAGAAGAGGAUGACGACCAGGGAGAAGACAUUGACAAUACCACGGAAGCCGGAAGCCACGUCUCCCCCGUGCGGCCCACGGGGGCCAGCGCUAGUACCCGCUUCACCGAGGUGGCACCCCAGCAGGCCGACUCAGAUGCCCAAGACAGCGGAAUCACCCAGGAGGGAAGCGAAGCACCUGGCUCCACGGGUGAGGAUCCUGCCGCUGCCACCAACCGGGACAUGCCGUCCCAGGAGGACAGCCUCCAGCAGCGCAUCAUGGCCCAGAUGGCCGUGCCCGACCUCCCGGACCUCCCCACGCCAGGAGUGGAAUAUUCCAACCUGUCAGCCAAUCAGGUCAAGCAGCUGGUGGACUGUCUGACCCAGACUGUCUUCCAGAACGUCAGGCAGUCGCUGUACGAGGAGCAUCGCCUGCUGUUUGCCUCCAUGCUCUGCCUCAACAUCCAGUACGAAACCACCGAGCUCUUCUCCGAAGAGGAACUGGCUCUGCUCCUCCAAGGCAAUCCGGGCCUUGGAAACAUGGAGCUGUCUCUGGCCGACUUUGAGUGUGACUCUCCGCCGCCGAACUUUCUGACCCCCGACCAGUGGGAAGACCUGAUGGCCGUGUCGGUCCUGCCCGGUCCCCUGGACGGACUGUGCGUCCAGUUUGCCCAGCAGCCUGCCGACUGGGAGGCGUGGUACAAGACCACCAACCCUGAGGAGGAGCCAUUGCCAUAUAGGCCGGCGACUGCCGGAGAAGACCAAUCUCGGCUGGUGGAUGCAGAGGGCCAGACCUCGGCCCACUCCACCCCUGACCUUGGCAGCCUAACCGAGUUCCACCAGCUCAUCCUGCUGCGCCUCCUGCGGCCCGACCGCUUCCCAGCGGCUGUGGCCCACUACGUCCGCCGCCACUUGACCUCGGUCAAGCCCCUGGCCAGCUCGGUGGGCAGCUUGCUGGGCAGUGCCCAGCGGCUGCUGGGCGUGCUGGUCCUGUUGCCCCCCACGCCGGCCUUCGGCAACAGCCAGCUGGGAAGCGGGAUGAAGAUGAAGGCCAAGCCGGUGGACGUGCUGAAGACCAUUGCUCAGAGUAAAAACAUUCCUUUUAACUGUAUCACGCUUGGCGACGGAGCUGAAUCUGGGGUCAACAUUGCCAUAGACACGGCAGCCGACCAUGACGGAUGGCUGGUCAUCGAAGACCUCCAUCUGGCCUCCGAUAACCUGCUGGCUGGUCUACGACACCAGCUGAUACGAGUGGGCAACACGGGAGGACCUCUCGGGCUCAACCCUAUCAGCCGGGAGUCAGAGUCGCGCUUCUGCGUCUGGCUGACCAGCGAGCCCAGCUCCAAGCUCUCGGACGCCCUGCUGCAGUCGCUGCGCGUUGUCUGUUGGGACAACCUGACGGAGCAGGUACUGAAUGCAGAGGAUGCUUCGGCCGGGGCCGAGGUUCCCAGCAACGACUCCUCGCUGGACGACCUCUUGAAGAUAGCAAUUGUGUCAGCUCUGAACGCUGUCACCCAGCAAAACUGGAAGAAAAUCCAGGAGAUGUCCACGUACAUUCGAGGAGCUGCCUUCGGCUCCUGCGUCAUCCACGGCGUACUGUCGGCCCGGCAGAUGUUUGGCACCCGGGGCCUGUCACGCUGGUACGCGUUCUCCACCGUCCAGCCCAACCACGCCGUGGAGGUCAUCCUAGGGUCAACGGUAGAAGGUCAAGGAAGCAAGGAGAUCGGGGUGGAGGAACUGUGUACUGUCUUGACCGAAGUGGUGUACGGCAACACCCUCACCAGCGCCUGGGACCGUCUCUACCUCUCAGCCCUCACCCACCACGUCCUACUGACCACCACCAGCCAGUCGGGGAGCCUGACCCUAGGAGGCGUACCCCUGCCAACGCCCCCAGCCAACGUGGAUCCCGUGGACUACGCCCGCUGGUUUGAGGAGAAGUGGACGGAGGGAGUUGCCACGGUGCAAGCCCUGAGCCUUGACGAGGGAAUCCAAAAAGUUGUCAACAAAAUCAAUGGGGACGAGUUCCUACACCACCUAGACACACUCUACGAGCUGCAGCACACUGGCACGGCCACCCUGGAGCCGGCGAACGGCCCCCUGGACCUGACCAAGGCCCAGACGGCCCUGGACGGCGUCUGGGAGCGGCUGCCCCCGCUGCUUGAUCUGGGCGAGCUACCGCUGCAGGUGGUGAACGAGAAGGAGCGCUACACCUUCCCCUACCACGCCCCUUCCCUCAUGAGCCUGCUGAGCGUGGCCAGCGCCGAGAUGCCGCAAUCCAUCGGUUACGUCUUGCUGCAGGAGUGCCACUGGUUCAACUCCCUCCUAUGCCACGUCCGGCAGAUGCUGCAUGACCUGCAGGCCCACCUGCUGGGCGGAGAGAGGGGUAUGCCGCCCACCCUGGCCAAGUGCGCCCGAGCGCUGCAGAAGGAGCUGGUGCCUGUCACCUGGGUGCACCCCAACAGGCAGCCCCUGGGCCACACGCUACACUCCUGGGUCACAGAUAUACUGAAGCGUUUCAGCCAGCUGCGGACCUGGAUCAAGGAAGGCAAGGUGCCCAGCUCUUCCCAGGACCCAGACAGGCCCAGCCCGCCCAAGGGGAGCCUCAUGUCGGUCUGGAUGGGAGGGCUGGCCAACCCCACGGCUGUCAUCACGGCUCUCAGACAGGAGAAGUCGGCGCUGGAGGGAUGCCUCAUCUCAGAGAUCGGGAUCGCCUGCGACGUCUCCUCCUCCCUGGAGGCAGACACCUUUGAGAUCGCCCACGAGGGCGGCAUGUACCUGCGAGGCGUCUACCUAGAGGGAGCCUCCUGGGACCUUGAUAACGGCUGCCUGGCCCCCGCUGGGUCCAGUCUUGUCAAGAUGCCCAGCAUCUACAUCCGUCCGGUUCGCCUUGGUGGCUCCAGUCCCGGGCCCAGCGCCAGUCCAAGUCGACCGGCCAGCAGCGGAUCCACCAACCAGAGACAGCCGGCAGAGGAGACCGAGCCAGCAUCCUUGAAAUACAGCUGCCCGGUCUUCAUGAACCGAUCGCGGCAGGUAGCGGCCUUCACCCUGGAGCUGCCUUGCCCCGCCCCCACGGACGACUGGAUCAUGGCCGGUGCUGCGCUGGUACUUGACCCAGGAGCCCCAGAAGAUGGUGGAAAGAAGUGGCCCAAGCCAUCCCCACGCAAACGAGAGGAACCCCAGCCCCCAAUGAAGGAUGAGACACAGAGCGACCGCACGGCUUCGGUCAUCUCCAAACUGUCGGCGGCCGCUUACGGUCAUGACCCCCAAGGCCACACAGAUGCCCGCCACUCCUCCCAGUCCCAGCGUUCCAGGCAGUCCUUCCGAUCAGAUCAGCAACACACCCCCUUACUGCCUGCCUCUGAGCAGCUCCUGGAACUCCCGGAGCAAGAGAAUGGCACUGAGGGGGGUCUGGAGGAGGAUGAUGAGCAGGAAGCUGGGAGCAAGGGAGCCCAGGAGGAUCUGGAGUCCCAGAUGACAGCCCGCUCAGCUCACCUGGAGCGUGAGAGGCACCAGCAUUCUGCUUUUGACUAUCGAGAUAUGGCAGGGUCCAGUUCAGAGGCAGGCAGUGACAAUGUGAAUCAAAACGCAGACCCUUCUGGUGGGGAAUUGGAAAAUACCCAGAAUCAACCGGUCGGAGGCUCAAAGAAAGGUGACAGUGAUAACUACAGUGCAGAUGAUAACAGACACGGCUUUGAUGUGGCUGAUAGGAGGCCUGAGCCUGAGGGACACGAGGACGAUGCAGCCAGCAAUGAUGGCAGGAGUGGUAUAAGUGACGGUGACAGAAGUGGGACAAAGCGGGAUGAUGAUCAAGAUUCCCUACGCAGUCACUCCUCUGCUUCACAUGAUUCAUAUAACUCAGAAAACUUCUCAGAUCAGGAAGAGACAGAAAAACGGGAGCACCAGCAAGCCCUCCAAGAGACAUCCAGGAAAAGUUCAGUAGUCUCUGAGGGAUCACAGAAUUCUGCCAGGAGCAGGACAUCAGCCGCUGCCAGUCACUCCAGACAGAGCCAAGCUUCAGCAAGAUCUAACCACACACCCUCAGCCGCCUCACAGAAAUCCACGGUCGCUGCCAAUCAGGGCGCAGCCUACAGAUCAUCAAGCUUUGGCUCCUUGCAUCAAAGUCUCAAUGACAAGAAACAAAGGAGUACCGUUGCGCAGUCUAGAACAAGCUUGCAGUCCGGGAAAUCCAACAAGUCUACAUCUAGUAAGAACAGCAGCAUCCGGAAUACACAGCAGAGCUUGAAAUCUGUCUACAGCACUACCAAGGCAUCUGAUAAUCCUCCGCAGAACAGGUCACAAAUAUCCCUUCAAUCAGCAGGACUUACCAACAAAGAAGGAAGUCGGAAAUCAUCAGCAAACUCUCACCGGUCCUCUCACGGAAAUAGAGAGAAGCCAUCAUCACCAGCUGCUAACUCCAGAUCUUCCAGGGCUUCUGUAGGGAGGGAGCAAGCGUCGCCUCUUGGCUCCAUCAAGUCCCAAAGGUUGCCCACCAGCGAGCAAGCACCUCAACCACCCGGUUCUCCCUCUUCAAACUCGCAAAGAUCCUUCCAAAGUGAUGGCCGUGACAGUUCAUCUUCGCCAGUGAGCUCCAAGCAGACCAGUAGACCUCCGUCACAAAGAUCCGUCAGAUCAGGAGAAGACCUCCAGAGGUCCUCCCCCAGACAAUCACCAAGUAAUCAUUUUGAUAACAGAAUCAACACUGAUAUCCAAGAAGCUCCCGGCAGCCGCCCUCAGAGCAACAGAUCUCAAACAUCUAUCGAAGACCCUGCAAAACUUGGAGACAGUGAAAGGGCUUACAACGAAAACACUGACCAUGAGCCCCAGGAAACCUCAAGCAGCCGUCCACAGAGCCAUUCCUCUCACAGAUCCGGUGGGUCAGCCAAAAGAAGUACAGCCAAUGUGAAAGAACCAGAGCUCCGUGAAAGCAAGGAUGACCAGCAGACCGACAAAGGCUUCAGCCUAGAUCCUCAGGAGGCGACGGAAGAGCCAGCCGCUAACGGAGAGGCCGAAAAGCAGGAGAUUCCAGAUGACGAUGAUUUCUUUGGGACUGGCGUCACCAACAAAGAUGAGCCACAGUAUUGAUUCCUCAAAAUCCCUGGCAUUCCAGUAGAACCACAUUUACCAGUUUGGGUCACUCCACAAAGCUUCAAUGCUAUUUUGAUGUUGUUUGAGUAUAUGACUGAAGAGAUUUAAUUGGAGUAAGGUUGCUCUCUGCCGUACUUAGAUUGAUUUUUAUAAAAAAAAACCAUGUGUAUUGUAUUUUGCUUGUAACGUCUGUAAAGUUAAUGUUCAAGUUAAAGUUGCUGUGAGUUUUGAAACACUACUUUGAUGUUAAUAAUUAAAUCAGAUGAAAUACGAUUGUGUGAAAUGAUCAUUUGCAGCCUGUUGUGCCUUUCAAAAAUCCAUUCACAGGAUUGAUCCGUCCAGCCAAAAUAAAAUCUUAAAAUUUAUUUUCAAAUCGGAAGGAUUUUUAAACUCGUUAUUGGACUUGUAUGUAUAGUUUAACAGUGCCCUGUGUGCGCUGAUUAAGACGUUUUUGAGGAAUAAAAAGUAACGUUUGUAUAAAUUGAAAUGUAAAAUUACUGACAGUUUGCCACGCGUGCACAGUAAACUGCGUUCUGAUUUCUUUGUUUCUGCUUAGUGUAUUUGAAGUUAAAAUGUUAACUACUUUUGUAGUCCUCAAAUUACGAUUUUUAUUUAGAAACCUGUAGUUAAGAUGUCAAAAUGCUUCUCAAGAAUUUCCCACCGUCCCUUUGCUACAUAGGAAAGCACAGUGCUCAGCUAUGGCUAGCCAUUUGUGCUAUCUUCGUAAGCAUGUUUUCUGAUUGCAACACGUGCUGACCACGUGGGCCUACAUUCAAAUACAUAAUGGACUGUACGCAGGGUGGGCAUGCCACACAAAAUGUUGCCUACAUUCCGCUAACAAUUCGCGUACUCGUAUUUUUGUAAGUGCCGUCCAAACCAAUGCAUAUAACAACGUAUACUGAUAUCGCUUGUUAACUUGUGACAAGACGGGUGUAAAUGAAAAUUUGGACGAACUUGGA